UCGGGAUAUCCGAAUCAGCCGGAACUGCCGCAUUGCUAGUGCCACGCAUAUGCGCACCAUGACCAAAUCGCCAAACAUGUACAACGUGCACAGCCAGGCAGCCAUUUCCCCGCAUCGAGCUCACGCAGGAAAUGUGACAUACACAGCACGCUAUGUCUGAACAAUAUCCAACCUCAUUUGCAAGCCUCUUCCCCUCGUUGACUCUCGAGGAAAGAUAGCGCUUCUGAUACGACAAGAAUCCUCUACCGCAGCCGGUGCAACCCGCCUUUCUAUUCCACUUGUUCGGGUCGCCGACUCAAUAUACGGCAUUCGGCCUUAUGGUAUCGAAUCGUGCCUCACAACCGCUGUCUGUCCCAGCACAACAUGCUACGCGACCACCUGGGGCACUUCACUCCUCUAUCGCCUAGGAUAGGAACUCGCGCACAAGCAGUACUCAGUCCCAAGAUCAUCUGCCACCGCAAUCCGCCGGCUGAACACAACCUUGAGUGUUUCUCCGAGGACCCGUUGAUCUCGGGAAACUUGGCGGCUGCGAUUGUAAGGUGAAUACAGAGCGAGAGUGUUGGCGCGUGUACGAAGCAUUCUAUUGCGAAUGAUGUGAAGACGCUGAGGCGCUUUUAUUUUGUGACAGAGUUGAGGGAGGUGUAUCUUGCGGACUUGAAGAACCGAUGGACCAAGCGAACAGGUAAAAUAAGGUCGAAGGAAAAUUGUGUAGUGAGCAUGGGGAGCUCCAUUAGGAGCUUCUGCGGGGGGACAGGGGCUUCAAGGGCAUUGUCGUAUCAGCUCGGUUUGCAGUCUAUGACACGGUUGCGCCGAUCGCUGCUAGAUUGGACUUUGAAAUGCCGUUUCCCGUGUUUCGUGGAAGCCGGUUACUCGCC